CAGCAGCAAUAGUAACACAUCAUCAUCAUCAGCAUCCAGCCAGCCACCACCAUCAUCAUCAGCAGCAGCAGCCGCAAUACGAAGCAGAGCAACUGCAGCGGCCGUGCGUGCGACAGAUGCUGGCUGGCGCGUUAUUGUUACCGGGCGGGGUGGCGUGGCUAUAUAUAUAGCGUUAGGGGUUGUGUGUGUGUGUGAGUGAGUGAGAGGGUGCGUGUGUGAGUACGUGCGCGCGUGCGUAGUAUUUAUACGUUCCUGUUCGCGUGCGGAGGACGGCUUCGAUCAGUGGUGGAGAGAGACAGGGCAGAGAUGCAGCGUCGUGUCAUGAGAUGAAUACAUUCAUGUUCGGAAUUCGGGCAGCGGAAACAUCGCCGCACGCUUCGACGGAACGCUCCCGGAAUUCGACGCCGCGAUGCCCACGUCUACUCGAGUCGCGCUCCACUAGAACUCUCGUCCAACACGAGGCAAUUUGGUGACCAGGGCCGACAGCGUCCACUUCGAGGACCCAAGUUGAAUCGGGGGCGACUGAACCCCGCAUUUUAUCCCAGGAGACCUUCUCACACAAGUGCUGGCCAGCUUCGUCCGUCUGCCACAGAACCGGUCAUCCGAGCCACCCAACCACCUUUGUCUGCGAGUGUCAAUAAGUCGACACAUUUCAGGUUCACGCAGUACACGAGUGCCCGGACUUUCCACCUGAGGUCACCCUUAGGCCACCCGUACUCUCACACCAAGACCUUCUGUCGGCGUGCCUUAGACGGAGAAUUGUGACGGUGUUUCCCUUUUGCUUCCAGGAGAAAAGAAAAAAAUCCAUCCGACCGCGACGAGGCUUUACGCGCGCGUCGAGAUACCGCACGUGCCGUGUCAUGUGCUUUUUGUACUUUUUGUUCACCCUGAUGCUCGUUGUUGUCGUCGGCUGACGUCCAAUUUGCAAGAACGACGACAACAACAGCGGUAGCAGCAGAAACAGCAAUAAUAAUCAGCAACGCUAUGAGUAUUUUUAGGUUUUUUCGGUAAUGUCACGUAGGGAAAAAAAUAAAAAUUAAUAAAUAAAGUGAUUUAUUAAAUUAAUUAAUUGAAUUAAUAAAAGCUAUGAGUCCAAAAGCAGCGAUGGCGACAACGUCAACGUGAGCGACGCGAACAUCGGCAGCCGCGGGGUCGUGAAGAGGCUGUGCGAGAUGCGCUGCUCGUGACGCAACCGCGUCGCUCUCCUUGAUUCGGCAAGCGGUGUCAAGGUGAAAAAAGUCUCUCUCGAUAGAUCUUUUUUAAAACGCACAACUUCAAGAAACGAAGCAUUGCAAACUGCAGUCUUCCUCCACCGACGGCCCUCUCGACGCGUCAUCACCACGGAGCAUAUCGGGAGGAGCGUGCGGAGUUUUGUGGCUUUUUCGCCGAGCGACCAAAGACUUCGUGGCGGUUGGGUCAGUCCUUGGUUGUGGAGGGGGAGGGGAGUGCAACAGCAAAUAUUGUACUGUACUCUGCUCAACAAUUCGAGCAGGAAAGACGCAUCGCAGAAUCGUCACGAGGUGGCCAUCUUCGUCAGCGAAAUCCUCCGGGCACAGGAGGCAACUUCUUGGCCACGCGUGGAGCCCCGCGAGUGAAGCGCUACGGGCUGUAGUGGUGGUGGUGGUGGUGUUGUUCAUAUCGUCGUUUUCAUCAUCGACAGAAGCGGCUUGCGAGGGCACGGCGAGGCGGAACAUGGCACCGCAGAGUCCGAAUUCGUUAGCAACCGCUGGAGGCAACGCGCGGUGUUGAAGCGACGAAAGCGAGAGAGACGGAGAGAGAGAGAGAGGGAGGGAGGGAGCGGAGAAACUGCCACGGCGCCACGAAGGCAAGCGACGGGCCCACGAUGCCACACGAUGGUGCCGGCAAGACGCACGCGUAGCUGGAGUCACAACCCGGGCCGAGCCAUGGUGGAGACGUUCAAGGUGGCGGUGCUGGGCGCUCCGGGAGUGGGCAAGACGUCCAUCAUCCGGCAGUUCGUCUCCAACGAGUUCGGCGAGACGUACGCGCCGACGCGCACGCGCGCCGUCUACGCGCCCGCGCUCGUCGUGAACGAGCGCGUGCUGGAGUUGCGCAUCCUCGACGUGCCGCCGAUCGCCUCCUUCCCCCUCAACUCCUUCCAGGAGUGGUCGGACACGCGGUGCCGGGGCCUGCGCAGCGCCCACGCAUACGUCCUCGUCUAUGACAUCUGCUGCUUCGAGAGCUUCGAGUACAUCAAGGUGCUGAGGCAGCAGAUCCUGGAUUGCAGGGCUACCGAUGUCCCCAUCCUCAUCGUGGGCAACAAGCGUGACCUGCAGCGACGACGCGUCAUGCCGCGACGCACCGUGGCGCAGCUCGUCAAGAAGUCGUGGAAAUGCGGCUACGUCGAAUGCUCGGCCAAGCACAACUGGCGCGUACUGCUGCUCUUCCGCGAGCUGCUGCGAGGCGUCGGCUGCGGCGGCGGCGGCGGCUGCAAGUACGCGCACCCGUCCAUCCGCCUGCACGGGGCACUUCGACGCAACCGCUGCAGCGUUAUGUGAACGGGCGUGAUGGCUGGUCACGGCCACCCACCCCAAAAUCCGGGUCUUGACCUCGCUGGGUUUUAGUUUUUACCACCCCCACCACACUUCUCCCCCCCGCCGAUUUUGACAACCAGGGAGGGAGGGGGAGAGUGCCGAGAUCCACCACGCCGGGUUUUUGUAAUCGCCCGGUGGCACCGGCGGGCGGCGGGGUCGUUUGGUUGAUGAGGAGAGCACAGCGGGAGAGAGAGAGCGAGCGAGCGAGGCGGCGUCGCGUUUGCCACCGCCGCCGCGCACACAACACGACCCGCUGUGAGCCGCUGUUGGGCUUGCAGCACGGGGGAAAACAUGGAGCGACAACCCGCCUGAAGAUGCGACCUGGAGUCGUCGUCGUCGCUGCUGCUGACAGCGGUCGGACGAUGUGAUGAUGAGUUUGGAUGAGAUGGAGACCGACGAUGAUGAUGGUGGUGAUAAGAUCGGCGUGUGUGCAGCUGGUGCAUCAGCUGCGCUUGACACGAAUGCCGCUGCGGCUGACCUUGCAGAUGCCGCUGAUGCUUCUGCCGAUGUCACGUGUCAAUCACCUGUCAGCCACGUGUCAGUCACGUAUCAGUCACUUGUCAGUCACGUGUCAAUCACCUGUCAGCCACGUGUCAGUCACGUGUCAAUCACCUGUCAGUCACGUGUCAGUCAUCCGUGGCGGCGAUGGACUGGAGAAUGGACGAUCACUACCGCUGUUAAUGUCAUUGCAGUUGUGCCAUUGUUACGAAUUGUUAUUUAUAUUUUUUAAAGUCCACGGCAGUCAGUGGUGAUGUUAAGCACCCGCCUCACUUUCUUGCAACGAAAUAGAAUCUAGCGCCGAAGUGGAACGGUGCAGUUUUGUUGCAAAGGACGUUGCCAGCGACAGCGUUGUGGUUGUUGUUGUUUACCGGCGACGCUCUAUUGAUCGCAGGGGAAAACAACCGAGUAAGACAUCGCAGGGUCGUGAGAGAUGGCGACAGCAUGGGGGGAGGGCUUUAUCCAGCAGUGGAAUCACCAUGGCUGUCGAUGAUGAUGAGGCUGAUGAUGAAACACUGGGAAUUAAAGUUGCAUGCGGGUCUGCAACUCGGAGGAAGUUUGCUCUAGACCAGUGGUUCUUCUUCUUGGUUCUUUCGGUAAAGUCACGUA